AUGAAGGCCUACAAAGGUAUGCUCUUGACCUGCGAUGCAGCAGUGAAGCAGCUCAUCCUAUCAUUGGACGAACGCAAUCGGUUCAUCAUCAUGGACCUCGAUGAAACGCAUCUGCUCAUCUCCCCGGAUCGCAUCGACUGGCUACGAGCUGAACUUGAAGUAGAGCUCGAGAAGAAUACGUAUACGCUCGAACCAUAG